UUUGCACCUGAAGGCAUGAUGCUGACACCAUAUGUCCUUUUCUCCCCAGGGAAGCUGGUGUACGAGCGUAUCUUUUCCAUGUGUGUGGAUAACCGCAGCGUCUUACCAGAUCACUUCUCUCCAGAGAAUGUAAAUGACACAGCCAAGGAAACAUGCUUGAAUUGGUUUUUCAAGAUUGCUUCCAUCAGGGAGCUCAUUCCAAGAUUCUACGUGGAAGCUUCCAUCCUGAAGUGUAACAAGUUCCUCUCCAAAACCACUGUGAAGGGGUCUGUGUGCGUUCAUCGGGCUGCAGACACCACACUCGGAGUGGCACCCAUGGGCCCUCUCUCAGUGUCUGUGGCUGCCAUCCAAGAUGAUGAAGAGGUGGGCAUGGAAGUGGCUCCACAUCUCAAAGAAAGCCUAAAUAAGAACUUUUUUGACUUCCUCCUCACAUUCAAACAGAUUCACGGGGACACGGUCCAGAACCAGCUGGUGCUCCAAGGCGUGGAGCUUCCGUCCUACCUCCCCCUGUAUUCGCCUGCCAUGGACUGGGUCUUCCAGUGUGUUUCCUACCGCGCCCCUGAGGCUCUGUUAACAGAGAUGAUGGAGAGAUGUAAGAAGCUAGGAAACAAUGCCUUGCUGUUGAACUCUGUGAUGUCGGCUUUCCGGGCCGAGUUCAUUGCUACAAGGUCCAUGGAUUUUAUUGGCAUGAUUAAGGAGUGUGACGAGUCCGGUUUCCCCAAGCAUCUCCUUUUUCGCUCCCUGGGGUUAAACUUGGCCUUGGCUGAUCCUCCUGAGAGUGAUCGACUUCAGAUUCUCAAUGAAGCUUGGAAAGUUAUCACUAAAUUGAAGAAUCCACAGGACUACAUUAAUUGUGCUGAAGUGUGGGUGGAGUACACCUGCAAGCAUUUCACGAAACGAGAGGUGAACACCGUUUUGGCCGAUGUCAUCAAGCACAUGACUCCAGAUCGUGCCUUUGAAGACUCCUAUCCUCAGCUUCAGUCAAUAAUUAAGAAAGUAAUUGCACACUUUCACGAUUUCUCAGUUCUUUUCUCAGUGGAAAAAUUUCUGCCAUUUUUGGACAUGUUCCAGAAAGAAAGUGUCCGGGUGGAGGUUUGCAAAUGCAUCAUGGAAGUUUUUAUCAAGCAUCAGCAGGAGCCCACCAAGGACCCCGUGAUUCUGAACGCCCUUUUGCACGUUUGCAAGACCAUGCACGACUCUGUGAAUGCACUCACUCUUGAAGAUGAGAAAAGAAUGCUGGCAUAUUUGAUUAAUGGAUUUAUAAAAAUGGUGUCCUUUGGCCGUGAUUUUGAACAACAGCUGAGUUUUUAUGUGGAGACCAGGUCAAUGUUUUGCAAUCUGGAACCUGUCCUUGUGCAGUUGAUUCACAGUGUAAACCGGUUGGCAAUGGAAACAAGGAAAGUAAUGAAGGGAAAUCAUUCUAGAAAGACAGCUGCAUUUGUCCGGGCCUGCGUUGCCUACUGCUUCAUUACCAUUCCCUCCCUGGUGGGGAUCUUCACCCGCCUCAAUCUCUACCUGCAUUCUGGUCAGGUGGCCCUGGCCAACCAGUGCCUCUCCCAAGCUGAUGCCUUUUUCAAAGCCGCCAUAAGCCUUGUUCCAGAAGUUCCCAAGAUGAUUAAUAUUGAUGGAAAGAUGCGGCCCUCAGAAUCAUUCCUUCUGGAAUUCCUCUGCAAUUUCUUUUCAACAUUAUUAAUAGUUCCGGACCAUCCUGAACACGGAGUCCUGUUUCUUGUUCGAGAGCUGCUCAACGUGAUCCAGGACUACGCCUGGGAGGAGAACAGCGAUGAGAAAAUCCGCAUCUACACCUGCGUCCUGCACCUGCUAUCUGCCAUGAGCCAGGAGACCUAUCUCUACCACGUAGACAAAGUCGACUCCAACGACAGCCUCUAUGGGGGAGACACCAAGUUUCUGGCUGAAAACAACAAGCUGUGCGAGACGGUGAUGACUCAGAUCCUGGAGCACCUGAAAACCUUGGCCAAGGAUGAAGCCUUAAAGCGCCAGAGCUCUUUGGGCCUUUCGUUCUUUAACAGCAUCUUGGCCCACGGGGACCUGCGCAACAACAGGCUCAACCAGCUGUCCGUCAGCCUGUGGCACCUGGCACAGAGGCACGGCUGUGUGGACACCAGAACCAUGGUAAAAACUCUGGAAUACAUCAAGAAGCAGAGCAAGCAGCCCGACAUGGGGCAUCUGACUGAGCUGGCCCUCAGGCUCCCUCUGCAGACAAGGACCUGACUCCAGGGUCUCUGAUGCCAAUCCAGAAAAGACCUGUUUUGUAUUUUUGUUUUCAUUUUUACACACAUACAGAUUGGUUUCUCUGCUGUUCUGCCAGUGAAGUGAAGUGAGAGAUGUCAAGAGUAUUCGAAUCUAUUCCUGCCCACUGAGCGCGGCGUCUGUUUCUUUGCACAACUGGCCUUCAGAUGGGCCUUUAGAGAAAAACAGAGGAUUCAAGUAACAUCUCUCUUUUCAGGAAGGUUUAAUUGAAAGUUAAUUGAAAACAGAAUCUUGAAAAGCAGUCCACUUUGAAAGAGUCAUUGUGCCCUUUCCCCGAUUUGCUUUAUGUCAAAACCGGCUCUUGAUUGGAUUUUAAAUACGCUUAUAGAUUAAAGGAGAAAACAAAGUCAGAUUUAAGAUUCUCUGGGCUUGGAUGGAAAAUAUACUGUAACUGAAUAAACCUCCCUGAAGGAAUAUUUA